AUGUCCUCCGGUAGUGUUGCUCUGAACGAAAAUUCAGGUCCGAUCACGCCUACGGGCGCAGUUGCGGCGGAUCAGUACAACGCGAUAUCUGCGCUCUAUGCCCGAUGCAAGUUGGAGCCGUGGCGCGUCUUCGUGGAGGCGUUCACGCUGUGGAAAGUGAUCGAGAAGCACGCCACUCACGAGGCGUCGUCGAGCUGGCUGAAGGACAAGUCGGUACUCGACCUCGCAUGCGGCAACGGGCACUACGCGAGGCAGCUGAAGGCGCGUGGCGCCGCGGCGGUGAAGGGCGUUGAUAUCUCGCAGGAGAUGAUUGCGCUCGCGAAGCAAUGCGAGACCGACCAGGCGCAGGGCGUGACGUACGAGGUGGGCGACGCGACGCACCUGUCUGCGGACCUGCACGGGAAGCACGACCUGGUGUUCGCGAGCUACCUCCUCUGCUACGCCCAGGACUACGAGCACCUCCUGCUCAUGGCGCAGUCCAUCUUUGCAGCCCUCAAGCCCGGCGGCCGCUUCGUGUCCGUGUCCGACAACACGGGGCAGGCCAGCGCGUCGUACGCGGACACCGCGCCGUACGGCUUCGUCAAGUCCUGUCCGGAGGGGCGGCCGCUCGGGUGCGCGAUCAGGUACACCUUCAAGGACCGCGCGACGGGGGAGGUGUUCACCUUCGACAACUACUACAUCCCCCCCUGGGACAUCCAGCGCGCCUUCCAAAAGGCCGGCUUCGCGUCGUUCCGGUUCAUACCGCUCGAGGCGGACCCAGCGCACGCGGACGAGUUCCACGACUUCCUCUGCGCCGCGCCGGUCAUCGCGAUGGAGGCGAUCAAGUGA